AUGCCCAUGUGCUCAAUAUCCCAAUGUCAUGGGUCUUAUAAAGAUAUCGACGUAACUUUACAUAGACUACCAAAAGAUGACAGCCAAAGAAUACAGUGGCAAAAAAAUUUUGAAAAUCAUAUUACAUAUUUUUAUAGUAAAAAAGAUAUUUUCAUCUGCAGCAGGCAUUUUUUACAAGAAUGCUUUUACAAACUUUUAUCAAAUGAUCAGGCAGAUACUCUAUCUGAAAUACAAUCGCCAUUAAUGGUGGAGACAAACUCAACUGAUAAACCAGUUCCAUAUAAUGUCACUAUCAUCAAUAUUGAACCUGACAGUGUGGAAGUUAAGAUAGAAGAUGAAGAAAUUGAUGUUGAUACUGUUGAACAAGAUGAAAUGAUUGACUACAAAGUUGAAGAAAACCCUGAUUAUAUGUCACCAGAAGAGGACCACAGCUAUUUCGCAAGUUCAUUCACAAUAGAGCAAAAGAUUAAACAGAUGCGUCUGAUGGCCAAAAAUUUGAAAAAAAGUUACAGAAGAAGGUUAAUUAAAUAUGUGCACCUCAAUAUGGCUUACAAGGUGGUGGAGAAGAAAUUAAGGACGAGUAAACAGCUUAAUGAGUAUCUGAUAAGAAGCCUUGGUUGUUUUCGGAAUGAUGAAUUCAGCUGGGCUGAUAGCGAAGAUGAUGACGAGAUUGAAUGA